AAAAUUUGAAUUGAAAGCAAAUAGAAAACCAAAUAAAAAUAUAGAUUCCUUAGAAUAUAAUAAAUAAAUGCCUGCAAUCGAGCCUUCAUUUCUCCCUGAAAUAAUUGAAAAAGUGUUUGAACGCCUAGAGCAACGGUUGUCUAAUUCAUUCGAAAAACAACUAACCACUGAGGAGUACGUAGCACUGAGUGCCCUUUUUCAAGAGGACGUUCUUUUUAAAGCAUUUAACAUUAUCGACACGCAUACCAUUAUAUCCUACCGCCCAGAGAACGGUCCUGGUAAUUUGAUCGAAAUCUCUAAAGCAUGGCCAUCUCAAUCGGUCUAUAAGCUUUUCCCUGAUAUCAAUUUUUGCCACUGUACGUAUUUUAAGGAAGAAAUUCUUCAUGCAGCCACAACAGCACCUUCCUAUACGUGUGAACAUGUAAUAGCCGCUCGAUUGGCUAGAAUUUUGAACAAACUCAAAAUUGAAAUCCUUCCCAAACAUAAAUUCAAUUUUAUAUUAAAACAAAUUGCUGCUGACUAAAUGCACAAUUCGAAGGUUUUAUAUGAUAAAGGAAUUUUGAAAAAUCUUAAAAUGUUAACCCAAACGCAGUAUUCGAAUUUCAAAUUUGCCGGCCGAUUGGACAAGGUUAAGGCAUUCUAUUCAGGAAUGAAGGCUAUAAGUUUUGGAGAGACUGCAAAAUUUCAAAUCAAUGAAAACGGUUUUCGAAUUAUGACGGAAAAUGCCAAAAGUAUACAAGCCAGUCUCUUCAUAACCAAAGAAGUCUUCGAAGAAUUCUGCCUUGAUGGUGAAUACAAUUUUAGCGUCAACAUGAACAUACUUGUUGAAUGCAUUGGACUCUUUGCUGGCAGCGAUUGUAGCAUGAAAAUGUUCUACAAAGGCGAAGGAGCUCCAUUGAUGUUGGUCAUAGAAGAUCAUGCUGAUGAGGAUGUCCUAACAGAAUGCUCAAUUAAGACUUCACAAUAUGAAGAAUCAACUGAGUAUUCGUUGAACGAAAACAGUACAAGUUAUAAUAUAAUUUUCAUUCGUGGUCCAGAUAUGGCACAGAUAUUUUCUGAAAUCGAUAAGACCGCAGAUGAAUUGGAAAUCACACUCUCACCGAAAGAACCACAUUUUCGAAUAGCUACAAUUGGUGUAAUGCAAUCUGAAUCUAAUAUCGAAGUGGCUAAGACGAGUGAUAUGAUGCUGAUGUUCAAUUGCCGGGGUGAAACUGUAACACGUUAUAAGUGUUCACAUAUUCGUUUGACUUUGAAAGCACUAUCGGCUUGUUCUAAAGUGGCUCUGAAGACUGAUUCUAGUGGAUUGCUGGAGUUACAUUUUAUGAUACAUUCGAGUGACGAAGCUCAGGUGUAUAUACAAUUUUUUGUUUUACCAAUGGUUGAAGAAGAUUGAUUAGUUUAGUUUUGUUUCAAAAAGUUGUGUAUUUUUAUGUUUUGUUUUUAUUUAACUUUGUAAAUGUGUAAAUAAAGAAGAGUACCUUACAAUAGAAU